AUGUCUGCCGUGGCCGCGGGCGUCGACGCGGCAGGCGCGUCGUCAGCGGCGCAGCCCGCCGUGGCGGACCCGCGCAGCGACUACGCGUGCAAGGACCAGCACAGCGUGCGCGUGAUCGACUCCCACAUGCCCGAGGACCUGGAGCGCGACGUGCUCCUGGUGUCGGCAGCGGCGGUGGAGCGCCACAGGCAGCUCAAGGACGUCGCGCAGUUUGUGAAGCAGGGCAUGCAGCGGCUGCACCCGGGCGGCAACAGGGCGGCGGACGGGGUCUACCACUGCGCGGUCGGCAAAUCCUUUGCUAGCGCCGUGAGCCACGAGGUGCGGCAGUACAUCCACCUGCGGGUCGACAGCAUCCACGUG